AUGCAAAAGCUCAAAUGUAAGGUGCAAAACUACGACUGGGGGAAAAUUGGAAAAGAAAGCACCGUUGCUCAAUUAGCACAUAAUGGAAAUCAUACGAGCACGGUUCAAGAAGACAAACCAUACGCAGAGUUCUGGAUGGGUGUCCACCCAAAUGGUCCAUCCGAAUGCUCAGCUGAUGGGGUUCCAUUGAGUGAGAUGAUCAAGGCGCCGAAUUCUUUGGGAGAUCAUGAAGAGGGUACUCUGCAGUUUUUAUUCAAGGUGUUGUCCGUUCGUAAAGCUUUAUCGAUUCAAACACAUCCUACAAAAGAGCAGGCCCGUCUCCUGCAUGCAACUGAUCCGAAGAACUACCCCGAUGAUAACCAUAAACCCGAAAUGGCCAUUGCGCUAACAACUUUUGAAUUGCUCUGCGGUUUUCGCCCAGCAGAAGAAAUUUAUCAUCAUAUUCGAAAGUAUCCCGAACUUCGACGUUUGCUUGGGGAACAAUGCUGUCAUAUGGAAGAUCUUUUGAAUUCCAUUCACGAGAUGCAAUUGCAGGCUUUGCAGAAGAUUUUUACAACCAUUUGGUCUUCUUCUCCCGAGACCAUUUCACAAUACGUCGGAGAGCUGGUGAAACGUCUCCAAAAUGACAAAGAGAAGAUAAACGAUGUGGAAAAAUUGAUAUUGCGUUUAAAUGGGGAUUAUCCUGGUGAUGUUGGAGUCCUCGCUCCAUUGUUGCUCAAUUAUUUCACCUUGGAACCAGGACAGGCUACAUUCCUUGGGCCAAAUAGACCGCAUGCCUAUUUAUUUGGAGACUGCGUUGAAUGCAUGUCGUGCUCGGACAACACUAUUCGAGCGGGCCUCACUCCAAAGUUUAAGGACAUCUCUACUUUGUGCAAAAAUAUGGAUUAUACAAUGGGACCACCUCCAAUUAUGGAAAUUAAACGUGAAAGUGAACAUUUGGUGCUUUACGCUCCAAAUACUCCGGAAUUUGCUGUUCAACAAAUUACGGCAAAUCAAACGAUAGUUUUGCCAGACUCUUCAUCGAUUUUAAUUGUUACAUCAGGAUCGGCUACUAUCAGCGGGGAUGUUCAAAAGAUCUCACUCGAAAAAGGAAGUGUCAUUUUCAUUCCCAAACAUACCCAAUCCUUUUCGAUAGAAGGAUCAACCGCAGAUUUCUGUGCCUAUCAAGCGUUUAUGCCAAAACCC